CAAAUACGGCGGGCGGCGGCACUGCACAGCUUUUUAUUUUGGAGUUGAUUUGAGGUUUGCAUGAAAUAAUAGUCAACCUUCUAAUCGAAAAUUGAAUUCAUACUACAAAACUAUCAUCAUCACCUCUUUGAGUAGGAAAGGGAAGUCCACUCUCAACAACAAUUUCAAGAAAAGUAUUUGAUUCGCUGUCAACCUAUCAUUCACAUCAAUGACGAGCACUGCAAAUGCUUUGAGGAGGAAAUUGGUCGUCGUAGGAGACGGUGCAUGUGGUAAGACAUCACUGUUGUGUGUAUUCGCAUUAGGUGAAUUUCCAACCCAAUACGAACCAACAAUUUUUGAAAAUUAUGUUGCAGAAAUUCGAUGUGACGGUAAACCGAUUCAACUUGCACUGUGGGAUACGGCAGGACAAGAAGGUUAUGAACGUUUACGUCCACUUUCAUACGCACAAGCACAUGUAAUCUUGAUCGCUUUCUCAAUCGAUUCACCAGACAGUUUGGAAAACGCUCAGUAUAAAUGGUCAGAAGAAGUUCGUCAAAUUUGCGGUUCUCAUAUACCAAUCUUGUUGGUAGGAUGUAAGGCAGAUCUACGAAACGAUCCAGGAUCUAAUCCUUCUUCUGGCUUCGUCAAUGCGGAACAGGCAAAAGUUGUGGCUUCGAAUAUUGGUGCAAGAGGCUAUCACGAAUGUUCUGCUUUGCGUAAUGAAGGCGUUGAUGAUAUCUUUGAAGCAGCCACUCGAGCUGCCAUGCUGGUCCGUGGCUCUGGAGGUGGCGCAAAAACAGGAGCAGGCUCCGAAAAACGUCGCAGGAAAAGCAGUGGUCAAGGUGAAGAUGGUUCGGGUUCGUGUAAAUGUAUCAUACUAUAGAAGGUUCUUCGUUCAAAUAAGGUUUUCCCGUUUUUCUUUGUUCUCUACCAAAUUUCCACCAUACACAUAUAGAAUAAGCUCAAACCGGUUUGUUCAUGCAUCCCCUUAAUAGCUUUACUUUUUCUUUACGAUUAAUGGUAUACAUUCAUC